AUGCUGCCUUUAGUCUCUUGUCUGGUGACACUUUUGCCGCUUGUGGCCCUCGCCAGCCCAUCUCCCAAGCUCCAGAAGCGAUUCAUCUCGAUUACGUGUCUCAAAGUUGGAGAUACCGCAACGGCAACAUGGACCAACAGCGCCGGCAAGACGUGCACCUUUACGGGCGUCGUGGGGAGCAACUUUGGAGCUAAUCCAGCCGGCUCAGGAGACUACUCGUGUAAUGGCCGAUGUGGUGCUGGCUGCUCUGGAAUGGCUCUAGGUAACGCUUACACCCAGGACUGCUUCUCUCACGACAUAUGCUCCUAUUUCAACAGUGCGAGCGGUGGUGCAAGUGCAAACAACCCACCUACGCUUCGCUGCGGUCAUUUUGAUACAUCUUUCUUUCUCAUACCACUCUGUUUCUCUGCCAAAAUGGCUGGUGAAUCUACAGGGGCGCGGCCCAAAGUGCUGCUUUUGGGAACAAUCGACCACGCAGAAGAAGCCUGGGCAAACCUCUCCGCAAAGGCCGACAUCGUCACCCCAACCUCUACAGACCGCGCAUCCUUCCUCGCCGAGUGCGCAUCGGGGGCAUUCGCCGGCGUCGUGGCCGCAUACCGCACCUUUGUCAGCGGGCGGACGACGGGCCGGAUCGACGCGGAGCUGCUGGCGGCCCUACCCAAAACCCUGCGCUUCGUCUGCCACAACGGCGCCGGCUACGACCAGAUCGACGUGGCGGCGUGCACGGCGGCGGGCGUGCGCGUCAGCAACACGCCGUCGGCCGUCGACGACGCCACCGCCGACGCCGCCAUCUUCCUCGUGCUGGGCGCGCUGCGCAACUUUGGCCCCGGGAUGCGGAGCUGCCGCGCCGGCGAGUGGAUCGGCAACCCUGCGCCGGCGCUGGGGCACGACCCCCGGGGGAAAGUGCUGGGUAUCCUGGGCAUGGGCGGUAUCGGCAGGAACAUGGCCAAGAAGGCGGCUGUGUUUGGCAUGAAGAUCCGGUAUUACAACCGGACCAGGCUGUCGGCCGAGCUGGAGGCCGAGUGCGGUGCUGAAUAUGUUGACUUCGACACGUUGCUCGCCACCAGCGAUGUACUGAGUUUGAACUUGCCGUUGAACCCCAAAACCCGCCACACAAUAUCCCACGCCGAGUUCGCUAAGAUGAAGCCCGGCGUCGUGGUCGUCAACACGGCUCGGGGCGCCGUCAUGGACGAGGCGGCGCUCGUGGCGGCGCUGGACUCGGGCCGUGUCGCCUCGGCCGGCCUCGACGUCUACGAGGAGGAGCCCAAAGUCCACCCGGGACUGCUGGCCAACCACCGGUGCCUGCUGGUCCCGCACAUGGGCACCUACACCGAGGAGACUCAGACCAAGAUGGAAGAGGUCGCCAUAUCAAACGUCGUCGCUGCCAUUGAGCAGGGCCAGCUCGUCACUGGCGUUCCGGAGCAGAGUGGUUUGACUUUCUGA